GGCAUACUUUUGUAAUUGAAAAUGGUGUUGACGCUGUCAGAUGACAUUUAACUUUCCAAAACACUCCGGUUGCAAGCGAAGGAUAUUUACGGAUUGGUGGUUUUGUUUAGAGUAUUAGUCGUAAUCCCGAUAGGAGUAGUUCGCACAAUCGUUGUUUUGAAAUAGACCAUAUCAUGCCACCGCAGCCGCUCGAAGGCAUGCAGGGACCGGUUGCUGGCUACCUUCCGUCGGGGCAAGAGGGAGGCCCGCGAACGAGUUCUAUUUCCCUCGCGAUGCUCAUCGACUUCAUAAUUCAGCGAACAUAUCAUGACCUUACUGUUUUAGCAGAACUGUUGCCGCGGAAGACGGACAUGGAGCGUAAAAUUGAAAUCUACAAUUUCUCGGCCAGAACCCGGCAGUUGUUCAUCCGGCUUUUAGCUCUGGUAAAAUGGGCAAAUUCCGCAUCGAAAGUAGAUAAGUCAGCGCACAUAAUGAGUUUCCUGGAAAAGCAAUCAAUGCUUUUCGUAGAGACUGCAGACAUGUUGGCGCGAAUGGCACGUGAAACUUUGGUCCGGGCUCGACUGCCCAACUUCCACAUCCCCGCUGCCGUGGAGAUCCUCACCACGGGAUCCUUCAACCGACUACCGGCUUGCAUCCGCGAAAGGAUUGUUCCCCCGGAUCCAAUUACUCCGUCUGAGAAGAAGCAAACUUUGCUGCGCUUGAACCAAGUCAUACAGCACCGCCUGGUUACUGGCAAUUUGCUGCCCCAAAUGCGGAAAUUUAAGAUAAAAGCGGGGAGAGUGACGUUCCAUGUCGAUCACGAGUUUGAGGUGUCGUUGACUGUGAUGGGGGACGGCAUGAAUGUUCCGUGGAGACUUCUCGAUAUUGACAUUCUCGUGGAGGACAAGGAGAUUGGAGAUGGGAAAGCUCUCGUCCACUCGCUGCAAGUCAACUACAUUCACCAACUCAUCCAGGCCAGGCUAGUCGAGAACAAAAACGCCCUAGCAGAGGUUUACAAUUGCCUGCACUACUUCUGCCAAUCGCUGCAACUGGAAGUCCUUUACACGCAGACUCUCCGGCUGAUCAUGGAGCGCUUGGAUGACAACAUUCACGUCGAUGAAUACAUCCCUGGUGUGAAGUUGACGGUGUCUUACUGGCGGGAGCUGUCGAACAAGGACCCCAAGUCGGAGCUUGGUUUCCGGCUGACUGUGCAGAGUGAUCCAAAUGAAACUGCCAGGCCCCUGGCCGUAACACAUGUACCGUCCAUCGGUUCGAAGGAGUCAUUCGAAGUAGCCGACCGGGCUGUGCGGUCCGAUCAUCUCUCCAUGGAACGAUUGUUGGUGCACACAGUUUACAUCCGGUCCCUUUCUAAACUCAGCGACUUGAAAUUGGAGUUUCAAACGUUCUUGAAGGACGUGGACUACCACUUACAAGGAACCCCCGCAAUUCUCACGGUGCCGGUGCUAAACCCUUGCCUCCGAGCAGAACAGAUCUACAUCACCGUGGACACACACACAGGCAUGCUUCGGUGUCACGUUCCUAAGCACUUGGACUGCCCCAUCAUUCCAGAGUUGCAGAAUACUUUGAAUGGCGAUCACAGCAAACUACAGACUCUGGUCUCUGAGUUGAGGUACUGGAUAACUCAUAAAAGAUGCGAGAAAACAUUGCAACACUUGCCUGCCGUAGCACUUGAGAACCUCUCAUUUUUGAAUCCUCCAGAUAGGCUCGCACAUAUUCCAGGUCGACAGAAAAUUUACGUUAAGUUACACCGUCAUCCAAAUGUUACUCUGAUUGUUCAACUCAAAGAGAAACCCAAUUGUCCAAGUGAGAUGGAAUACACUUUUUACUUAGGAUUUAUUCAGCAAACUGUCACCGAUGGCGAUACAACUGAAGAUGUUCCAGCAGAAGUUCCAAAAAUGUACCUGCGUCUGGCUAAAAUGAUCGAAUUUGAUACUUUCGUGGCAACUCAUGGGCCUGGGACUUACGUGGACGGUAAUUUUAAUUACUUUUCAAAAAACAGGCAGAUUUCACUUGUUUUUAAACUAACAGAUACUACAAUGAAGCGCAAGUCAUCCUGCCACGAUGCAGGUCCUCCAUCGAAACAGCAAAAAACAAUUUAUCCAGCGUACUUCAUUCCCGAACUUGCGCAUGUUGUGGCAAUGUGUGAUGAGAAGAUACCAUUCUUGACUCUGGCUCGUGAAUUUUCCAAGCGCAAUAUGCCACACAGUGGCCUACAAGUGGAAGCCAAUGCAACAUCUUUGGUUUUGAAGUUGCUAACUUUACCAAAACCUGGAAGCAGUUCUGGGUCAAGUGAUUCACAGCAAAAAGGCUCCAUCUCCACGCCGGUCAUUGAACCGCACGUUUGGAAUAGUUUGUUAAAACGGUUGCUUUCGGUUUCUAUUCGGGCACAGAUGAAUAAGCACAACCAGAGCCGUACAUGGGUUGUGGAAUUUGUGUUUUACAGCACCCCUUUGCCAAGUUUGAACCAUAAAGAACAGGGAAGCCGUAGAACUGUUUACUUACAUUACGAUCUUCUUUCCACUAACGUGUCCAAGACUGUUGACGCAUUACUGAAAGACUGGGCAAAAAUCGUGUACCUCUAUUGUCUUGUUUACGAUUUUGCUGAGCACUAUAAGAAUGAAAAGCUUAAUUAUCAGAGUAUGGUUAGUGUGAAGUCCUACAGCUACACAAAUUUGCUACUGAACUAUGGACCUAACAAAGAAGUCACAUUUAGUUUGUCAUGGUCUUCCAAAUCAAAAGGAUUCCGAAUGAUAUUUGUUGGCGGAAUCUCAGCAAUCAACGCACAUUCGAUGAUGUUGGAGCAGCUACAGUCGCAUCUUAAUCGUCACUACAAUCUGUCUCACAUUGUCCAGGUUUUGCACGAAACGUAUCAGCCUUUGAGUUCGAUAGCUAAACUUCCAAUUAUUCCCCAGCUGGGAAUACCGCGCCCUCAGGUUCCGGUUUUGACUUUCUGUAUUUUGCCGCAAUCUCCGACGUUAAUAAGGCUGUCAUAUCAAUCAAUGUACUGCCUGGAAAUCAGGUUUAGAGGGGGAGGACUGGUUUCUAUUCGAGAUGGUGCUUACAGUCGAUUUGAUAGAAGUAAUGUGGUUGAAGAAUUCUCGCCAACACAAGGACUUAAGGGCUUUUUGUCAAAAUACGUUGACAAAUCAGCAGUGUACCGCCGACGAUCGCAAAGUGAAGAUGAUAACCCACCAUCGCCUAUUACAAUGGAAGAAUCUCAUGGAGGUCCAGGGACAGGAGGAUCUUCUCCAUUCUUAUCCAGUGGAAUGCGUGGUCCUCAAAGUCCUCGAGAUGGUGGUUUGAGGUUUGCACCGCCAAUGACCCCACCAUCCGGCUCGAAUCCCCAUACCCCUGCCAGUCCACAUCCAAUCGGUCAGGGUCAUCCAAACUUCAGUAUGACUUCACCGCCAGCUCCACAUAUGCCGCAUCCAUCUCCGAGUGGAUUGAUGCCAUCAUCGCCGUUGAAUCCCCAACCAAGUCCCAUGGCCCAUUCACCAGGCCCAAACACAUUGUACAUGCAAGGUCAUACAGACGGCAGCCCCUUCACCGCUUUGUCUCCGGCAGCUUCAAAUUGGCCAGGGUCGCCUAUGCCUAGGCCGUCACCGCGUCCUGGCCAGAGCCCUGAACAUAAAUCACAGGCGCCAUGUACGCCUCAUCUUUCAAGAGUUCUGCCGGCACGAUCGUGGGCUGGUGCAGUACCAACGCUUUUAACACACGAAGCACUGGAGACAUUAUGUCGACCGUGCCCUCAUCCUAAUAAAGAUAUGGGUGGCCCGGAUUUGAGUCCCUUGGAGAGAUUUUUGGGCUGUGUGUAUAUGCGCCGACAGCUGCAACGGAAUAUUCAAUCAGAAGAAUGGCUGACGCAAUUGAAUUCAAAUGAACCCGGGGUGGUUCUAUUCAAAGUAGACGGACUGCAGUGUCAAGUCUACUUGAAUCAAACUCAUAUGCAGUCGCUUCAUAUAAAAGUUACUCAAAUGCCACCGCCGCCCACUUUGGCAGACGGAAAGCAACCAUAUCAAUAUAGUCCAGAGGAAUUGCAGAUAAUUGAACAAUUCUUUGAUUUGAAAGUAGCGUCGCCACCAUAUCGACCUAACGCACUUCACGGAUUCUGCAGGGCGUUGAAUGUUCCGCCUCAGAUUUUAAAGGAUUUCAUUCAGAUAAUGCGACUGGAAUUGAUGCCGGAUUUGGUGCAGGGCUUGAAAUGGACCGUACAAUUCUGCAUGCGAGUUCCGCCGUCAGGGGCUCAAAUUGUUCCUGUUGGAAAUCCAGCGGUGCUGCUAUUCCGCUCGAAAAUUCUAUUCUUCUUGCAAAUCACAAGGAUACCAUACCAUGGGCAAGACUGGAAAGACAGUCCCUCUCUUGUUUUACCGAUGAUAUACGAUAGUAGUUCUAAUGUGACUCAACUGGCAGAACGACGGGAACAGGUCCAGUCUCCUGCCACCAACCCGGUUAGUGCACAGCUGAGGCAGUUUUCAGAGUAUGGGGCGCAGCCGGGCGAGUGUUCCUUAUUUCCUGCGGUUCGCGAUUUGUUAGCCAACCUCACUUUCAUGAACGAUAAUCCACCACCUCCUCCUAUGGGAAUGCCGAUUGUACCAUCGCCAGUUGGUCCUGUUGGAUCUAGUCCUGGACCAAUGAUGAAUUCUCCGAUGCAAACAAUGGGACAAGGUGGACCUCCACAACAGGUUUAUGGGAUGGGACCUAAUCAGGGACCAAAUUAACUAUUUUCUAUUUAUUAAUUUCAUAGUUUUAAUUGCUCCUCCUAUACAAACGAGGAUGGAAAUUGUAUUGUGUAUAUAGUGAUUAGUAUAAAAUAUACUACCCUUGUUCUUAA